GCACCCCUCGGACUUGAGUGGUAACGUAUGAAGGGUAAUGAUGAGGGUGACUGAGGCUUCAUCCACAGAUCAAGAUUGUGAACAGGGAUAUGCUAAUGUGACCAAGCAGGACAUCAGAGAGAGUUCAGGACCAGCUCAGCACUCAGGGACAAGAGUCUACAUAUUAGUUGGUGUGAGCUUUGGGUUGCUGUGUGUCCUACAAGUCACUCUCAAUGUCUCUCUGCAUCUAGUCUACAGCUAUAAAAACGUGACUGACCUACGACAAACCACCUACAACACCCUGUUAUGUAAAAAAGACAUCUGCAAGGCAUGUCCCCAAGACUGGAAAAGGUUUGGCUGCAGUUGUUACUACAUUUCCACUGUCCUUAAAAGCUGGACUGACAGCAGACAGGACUGUCUGGAUAGAGGAGGAGACCUGGUGAUCAUCAACAGCAGAGAGGAACAGGCUUUUAUCAAAUCCUUCAACUACAGAGCCUGGAUUGGUCUGAGUGGCAGAGAAGUUAAGAGGUCCUGGAGAUGGGUGGACGGUUCACCACUAACCACCAGUUACUGGGAGGACGGGGAACCAAAUAAUGCUGGAGGAGAAGAGGACUGUGUUUUGGUUAGAAGAAUUGAUGUCCCACUAGCUGCUUGGAAUGAUGUCUCUUGUGACCAUGAAAACAGUUUCAUCUGUGAGGGCACAGUGGGUGAGAUCAAUCAAUAACAGUUAUUUUGUGAAAAAACACUAUUGGCAUUUAUUCAAGUAUUUCAACCAUGUUAUUUCUGGACGUUCUGUCUGUCUUUACUUUCAUUCACUAUUACAGUUACUUCACUGAACAUGUUAUACUAUAGACAGUGGGCGUGUCUGAAUACUCUCUCUUACAUGCCAAAUAGUAGGACAUGUGAGUAUGGAAACGUGAUGUUACUAAAAUUGAGUAUUUAUUAAAUGUCAUGACGUUAUAUUCCUUAUGAUGUAAUACAUGUAUGCCUGCUAUGAGUGCCCAGAUUGAAUACAUGUUUAAUAUUUUAUGUAUAAUAAAAAAUAUACUGAAAUAUCCCCCAAUGUAAGCAUGAAAAAAGUUUGAAAUUGCAGUACAAUGUCAUUUACUGCUAUAUUCUCUAUUGAAGAAGACAUUCUUAAUAUGGCUAAACAGAUAGUGAUAAGAAACCUAUAUAUUGAUUGUCAAUUGGUGUAAAAAUUUGAAUGUGUAAUAAAAUAAAUGCUGUCAUUC